AAUCGAAGGUCGAUUACUGCUCUCACGCUGUUCUGCUUUCAUCAUCUUUGCUCGCAUCACAAACUCGUCAGUUUAUAUCGACCCUCCAUUCUGUAUACACAUUAUUAGUCGAGACAAGGAGGUUUCAGAUUUUUAAAAAAUGGCAUUUAAGCAGACGGCAGUUCUGCUAUUGACAGUGAUAUUUUCUACUCUAGUCGAAGAUGGAUAUGGAUAUAAUACAUACGGCCGAGUAGUGUCAUCAGGUGUAGGAGGACAAUGCGAUGAUUUUAGAUGCGGGAUCAACGCAAAAUGUACCUUAAGCGACGGCCGACAUGUAUGUUCUUGUCUAAAUUUGCAUAUGGGAGAUCCCUUAGUGCGAUGCGAGAAAGUUGAGUGCUUAGUGAAUGAAGAUUGCCCCUCCAACAGAGCAUGCCUAAACAACAGGUGUGUUGAUGCUUGUGCCGGUAAUUGUGGUUCAAACGCACAAUGUCAAACCGUCAACCAUGUGCCAAUUUGUACCUGUGCUCCAGGAUAUACAGGUGAUCCAUUCACACGUUGUGUAUUGGCAGAUCCUUGUAAAAAUGCUAAUUGUGGACUGAAUACCAAAUGCGAAGUACUUAAUUCGGUACCCGUUUGUUCAUGUUUAUCCGGAUAUUUUGGAUCACCUUUGUCAACUGGAUGUCGACAUGAAUGCGAAAGCGACUUAGAAUGUCCUCAACACCAAUCUUGCUCGUCUGCCUUCAGAUGCGAAAGCCCAUGCAAGUGUGGUGAUAAUGCUAACUGCGAAGUGAUCAAUCAUCGAGCAAAAUGCACCUGCCCAGCGAACUGGCAAGGAAAUCCGUACAUCGCAUGCAGAGCUGAAUGUACAUACGAUUCAGAUUGUCCCCGAGGCAAACCAGUUUGCUAUUACUCAAAAUGUGUAAACCCUUGUGAAGGUUCUUGUGGUGUAAAUGCUAAUUGUGAAUUGCGUGGUACCACUCCUGUUUGUAGUUGCCCAAGAGACAUGACUGGAGAUCCAUUUGUUUCCUGCAGACCUUUCGAACCAAGAGAUCUUUGCGAACCAAAUCCCUGUGGUACCAGCGCCACAUGUACACCAGGACACGAUAACACUGGAAAGGAAAGACCAGUGUGCACUUGUCCUCAAGGAUACAUCGGAAAUGCUUUGGUCAGCUGUCAACGAGGAGAAUGUUUUACUGACAACGAAUGUCCAAUUAAUAAAGCUUGCAUCAACUACUCUUGCCAGAAUCCCUGCACAGGUCAUGAAUGUGCACUCAAUGCUGUCUGUGAGCCAAGAAAUCACAUCGCUGUUUGUACUUGUCCCGAUGGUACUCGAGGAGAUGCUAUUUCUAAUUGUAAUCCAGUUGUUGGUACUCGGUCUGGUGUCAGCAGACUAGGGUAAAAAAUUCUCAUAUUGAAACUUGAAUACCCCUCUCAACCUUCAUGUGCCAUUCCUUACUACUCAACGAACAUUAAUUAUUACAGAACGAUUUUUAGAACUUUAAUAUAGGUAUACAAUAUGUAAGCUGUCUGUAUUUGUUGUAUUUUUCUUUCUGGUAAUGGCUUCUACACUGCCGAUAACUUUCCUACCCUCGUUUAUACUGCCGUUUAUUAUACUGUUAAUAUCUGUCGUGAUUUGUAGAAAAAACAACGUUAACUGCAAAAUAAACGAACUCGAGAAAAUCGAGAAAAACUGUUCAA